UGUGGGUGGUAUUAUAUGGCUAGAGUGAGAGAGCAGGACGCUCCAGAAGCAAAUACAGUGAAUUGACAGAAAAAUGGAGAAGAGUGCAGAUUCAGUAAUAUAGAACUACUUUAUACUACUUAAAAGUAUGCAUUGGUGCCAGAAAAAAAUAAAGUGUUCUGUAAGCUACAUCUUUGACAUUCUAUCUUUAAGCAGUUACUGACUGGAGAACCCCGGAUUUUUACACAAACGGAUGUCACUGAUUUAUUUAUACUACGGAUAAGCAAGUGCCUCUGUGAACUUUUCCUACUUCCUUCUAAACUGUUUAUUGUAAAUUACAACUUACGAUCCUGUUUUUAAAACAAUCUUUGUGCACUGGUGACAGUUCAUCUCAUACUGCAUCAACAGUGUAAGCCUUCCUCGUGUCACCCGGGAAACUAUAGUCAUCCUGUAGUUUUAAGUUCCAAGCAGCAUAAUUUUCCUUUUUUUCUGAAGAAAUGAAUCGGUUAGCCGUUACAGCAGGUUUAGUAGGGUCAGCUGCCUUGAGUGGAAUAGCAUACGUUUGGAAGAAACCUGCAGAACACUUCAAGGAUACAACUCCGCUCACUGGUGUAGACUUAAGCCAGUAUGAACUGAAACUGGUUCAGGUUUUAUUCCGACAUGGUGCCAGGACUCCUUUAAAACCCAUCCCGUUUGAAGAUGAAAAGCAGAUUGAAUGGAAAACUAGCUUGCUGAAUGUUCCUCCUCACACACUCAUGGACUACACUGUCACAGAUCUCAACGGUGGUCCCCAGCCUCCCUCACCUGUUGAAGACACCUACAGAAAACGGAAGCUUAAGGGUGGAAUAUAUCCUGGUCAGCUGACGACAUUAGGAAUGCAGCAACUAUAUGAACUGGGACAGAAGCUGAGAAAAAGAUAUGUAGAGGAAAAGCAAUUCAUCUUGCCUGUUUUCAGUCCUUCUGAGGUCUAUGUCCGUUCCACAAACAUCGUUAGGAACAUUGAAUCUACUCGAUGUUUGCUGGCUGGCUUAUUCCACCAAAAUCAAGAAGGUAGAAUACGAAUUGUUACAGCCGGUGCAGAAAAUGAAAUUUUCUAUCCAAACUACCACAUAUGCAGACAGUUGAAAGUACUGGGCAGCCCCCGGUGGUCUAAGUUCUCUCUACUGCCUUCUGUAUCUGAGGACCUGAGCCAUCUGCACAAAUUGCUGGAAAUCAAAGAAACAAAAGGUGUGGAUUUUAUUCUUCUGAGAGACAAUCUUGUUGCCAUGGAGGCUCAUCAUUUGCCUGGUAUCCCUGCCCUAGAGAAAAAUAGUGAGAAAAUUAAGGAACGAGCGUCAGAAAUGCUUCAUUAUGUUUUUGAUCCACAAGGAAGGAAAGUUCUUCAGUUCGCUGUUGGCCCUUUGCUGCACCUAUUCUUAGAAAAUAUGGAAAUGGUUAAAAACAACGGUACCUCUACAAGCAGCAGCAGUAACAACGUAAAGAUGUUCUUGUAUUCAACCCAUGAUACUACCCUUGUACCUUGUAUGAUGGCUUUGGGGAUAUCUGAUAUGAAUUGGCCACCUUUCGGAGCAGAGCUUACACUAGAGCUGUACCAACAUCAGCUCACUAAGGAACAUUAUGUCAGAGUCUUGUACCUAGGAGAGGAUCAGCUGGUACAAGGUUGUAAUUCUGUACUUUGUCCACUGCAAGAAUUUCAUGAAGCUGUAGCACAGUAUACACUCAGCCCAGAGGAAUAUCACACAAACUGUAAUCAGGCGCGGAAAGCAGAUGGUGGUCAGAUGCGAAGUUAACUACACAGCUUGAGAACUUCACUGAAGAUCCCUAACCAAACUUACCAUCUCCAUAUUAAAAAUGUAGUUCAGUUCAGUGAAAUCUUUUCAUUUCAGUUCCAGGUGUUGUUUUCUUCAGGCUGGAUCUGGAAAUAUUUCAAUACAUUUAAAAUAUGAAGGUGCAUGACUGCUCAUAGCAGUCAAAUUAAAGGGUCAGCAUAUAA